GACGCCCAGCGCAGUUUCGGGGAGUUGGUGAAAAGUCGGGAAACUCCGGGACAGGAGACAGCGACGGGCCGAGCGGCGCCGGGACAGGAGCGACGGGCCGAGGGGCUGUGGGGUUAAUCCGAGGGACCGGGCGGGACGGAGCCGCCGGUUUCUGGUCCGGGGAGAGUUGGUGACUCUGGUGACGGGAUGAGGAUCGCUCGGCCAACUGGUUGUUGGAUUCUGACUAACCGCAGCGAAGCAGUCAACGGAGCAGGUCUCAGUCACCAUGACAACAGAGAAGGCCUCAGUCACCAUGAAAACGAAGCAGGGCCCGGUCACCAUGACAACAGAGCAGGCCCCGUUCACCAUGGAAAUGGAGCAGACCCCGGUCACCAUGACAACAGAGCAGGCCCCGGUCACCAUGAAAACGGAACAGGCCCCGGUCACCAUGACAACAGAGCAGGCCUCGGUCACCAUGACAACAGAGCAGGCCCCGGUCACCAUGGAAACGGAGCAGGCCCCGGUCACCAUGACAACAGAGCAGGCCCCGGUCACCAGGGAAAUGGAGCAGGCCCCAGUCACCAUGACAACAGAGCAAGCCCCGGUCACCAUGAAAACGGAUGGAACAGGCCCCGGUUACCGUGACAACGGAUCAGAUCCCAGUAGUCGUGGUAACGCCACCAGAUUUGGAUUCUACACAUUUGUUCCCACAAAACGGUCCUGGAGAAUCGGCAAACUCUCCGGCACCACCCUCUGACCCCGGUAACCACGGGCAACAGUCCUCUGACCCCGAUCCCAGUUGCCAAGGACCUGCUCCCCCUCCCCC